AACUUCCGUAUUUCGUUUUCGCGGAAAAAGUAGUCUGUAUGUCCUGCUCACAUCAUGCCGUCGGUUUUAAUUGAGUCCCUUGAAUGUGGACUGGACUUCAUAGAGUUUCUUGGAAACAGAAUAUCUAUUACAGACAAAAAGGAGCUUCGAGACAUCUACAACUCUGAGUUUAAGGGCAGGGAAGGAAUAAAAGACUCCUCUUUUUCUAGAGUUAUUUUUGCUCUUCUCAAAUUCAACAAAGUGAAUAUAAGGCAGGGUAAAAUUUACAUAAAUGCAAGACCUCAGGUUCGUGUGUACUGUGACCAAUGGAGAAGUCCCCGCCGGACCAAAGAACCCCAAAGUCCAAGCUCUGGCCAACAGGUCUCUGCAGAAACGCCCCCUCGUGCCUCUGCAGGGACCUCUCCCAUCGCGCCUGUGUUGACGCCAAAGAAAAAAAUAGUGACUGAAAUCCUUAAAAAAUUAAAGUCAAACAGAAAGGAGUUGACGGCUGAUAAGGGUGGCAUUGAGAUUACUUCCGAUCCAGCUGAAAGUGAAGGAAAGAUUCACUUUACAGUGGAACAUCUGAGAGAGUUGUUCACUGUCAGAUUCUGCAUCUUCAACAAAGGCACAGACUGUAUCCACUUCACCUACUACACUGCCCUUCACCGCAUACGCUGUUUCACACUGGAGGAUGAGAGGAGAGUGACCAGAGCCUGCCCACUCUUUCUUUGUCCUGGAGAAGUCUAUGAAGUGAAAGUCUUGUACAGACUAAGCCACUAUGGGUAUUUUCCUGCCACUAUGUACUUUGAAUUCUGCCCUGAAUUGCCAGGAUCAGUGCCUUUCUGUAUUGUACGGGAGAUUGAAGGCGCAGCCAGAACACCCUUGGCUGUGGAGCUGGGCCCAGUGGCUCCUUACAAACCAUUUCAAGCGGUAACCUACAGGCCUGUAGACACUGUCAUAGUGGAUGGAGUUCCACCAGUAAGCACUGUGACCCAGCCUGCAGUAACAGCCAAGUUAAGAGACUACAAAUACCCUCUGUACUUAAAGGAGUUAGCAAGACGAGGGUUGGAGGACUCUGAACACUUCUCGGCAACUACUAGACAAAAACUGGAAGCUGUGCAUAAUCUUUUAGACUGCCCUUUAAAAAUGAAGAACUAUGAUCAUCGCUUUCAUCUCCUGCUGUACCUUGAGGAGAUCCAAAUGGAGGUGGAUAUCCGGAAGUAUGACAUGCGCAAUGAAACAAUGACCCUGGACCAAAGUAACAAGAAGCUGCUUGUACUCAAAGUUCCAGGGGUCGCUGAGAACCGACCCUCCGUGCUAAGAGGAGACUGUCUGAAGGUGUCCAAAUCUGAAGACACAAUCUCCCCAAUCACCUUAUACACUGGAUAUGUUCACAGAGUAGAGUUGGAUAGAGUCAAACUUGGCUUCUCCAAGAGAUUGUUGCAGAUGUUUAUCAACAACAUGAAAUUUAAUGUGGAGUUUACUAUCAACCGGUUUCCUCUCAAGAUGCAACAUCGCGCUGUGGAACUGGCAGUAAAGAAUAAACUUGGAGAUAUGUUAUUUCCCACUAAGGCAGCUAAUAGCACUGUUCCUGUGCCCAAGCUCAGUAUGUUUAAUCGUCAGCUGGAAAACAACCCAGAGCAAUACGCCGCUGUGCAGCGCAUUGUAGCUGGCUCUUCAAAGCCUGCUCCACACCUUGUCUUUGGGCCUCCUGGAACUGGAAAGACCAUUACUUUGGUAGAGGCCAUGAAUCAGGUCAGCAGAGCUCACCCCGGGGCCCACAUUCUGGCCUGUGCCCCUUCAAACAGUGCCUGUGACCUGCUCUGUGAAAGACUGUUUGUGCACAUGGAUCAGCAUCAGGUGUACCGCCUGUAUGCCAGCAGCAGGGACCCCAAUACUGUUCCCAAGCAGCUUCUGAAACAUUGCAAUUGGGAUGAAAGUCAAGAUGCAUUUGUGUUUCCUGAGAAAGAGAUUUUGAUGAAAUACACAAUUAUUGUUACCACAAUGAUCACAGCUGGCAGACUGGUGUCUGUUGGUGUACCUGUUGGACAUUUCACCUAUGUUUUUGUGGAUGAAGGGGGCCAGGCAGUGGAGCCUGAGAGUGUCAUUCCUAUUGCAGGUCUGCUUAGUCCAGGGGAUGGUCAGCUUGUGCUUGCAGGGGACCCCAAACAGCUAGGGCCAAUACUCCGCUCUCCACUGGCUUUAAAGUAUGGACUUGGCAUUUCUCUCCUUGAAAGACUUAUGACUCAGAAUGAUUUAUACAAAAAAACGACUGACUCUGGCCACUUUGACACUCGCUUUGUAACCAAACUUCUCCGAAACUACAGGUCUCAUGCUGCUAUCCUGAAAGUCCCAAAUGAGAUGUUUUAUGAAAAUGAACUUCAGGUGUUUGCCGACCAGUGGGAACGUGAGACAUACUGCAAUUGGAAACACCUGCCAAAAAAGGGCUUCCCUAUAAUCUUCCAUGGGGUCAUGGGGAAGGAUCAGAGAGAGGCAAACAGCCCGUCUUUCUUCAAUGUUUCAGAGAUUGAAGUUCUGAUGGACUACCUUGUCAAGCUAAUUGAAACACAAGGGAAAAAGGGUCUACCAAAACUGUCUGCCAAAGAUAUUGGGAUUAUUGCUCCAUACAGGAAACAGGUUGAAAAAAUCCUAAAAGCCCUGAAGUCUGUCGAAGCAGUGAAAAAGUGGAGUGAUAUCAAAGAACUCAAGGUUGGCUCUGUGGAAGAGUUUCAAGGACAGGAGAGAAAGAUCAUCAUGGUGUCUACGGUUCGUAGCAGCAUCAAUUAUGUCAAGAUGGACAAAGAUUUUAACAUUGGGUUUCUUUCCAAUGAAAAGAGAUUUAAUGUAGCUGUGACCAGAGCACGGUCUCUGUUGAUAGUUGUGGGCAACCCUGUGAUUUUAAACAAAGACCCCACCUGGAAUAAGUUCAUAAGCUACUGUGUGAACGAGAAGGGGUACACUGGCUUUGACUUCAAUGAUGCAGAAGGAGAAGAGGAUGUUGUGUCUCGACUGGCAAGCCUGAAAAUCUGUGAUGGUAUUAUCGGGGAGGAGAGUGCCCUUCAGCAGUUUGUAGAUCUUGAAUGGAAAAAUGAGCAAUAGUCUGCUCAACUUUAAAUACUGAAUAAUGCAAGUUUGGAUCUCUUAUGGUAAUUAUGGUAAUUGCAUAAAGACAUUUAAAAAGAAACUCCACAUUGGUUGGUGGGUCAAACUGUUGUUGUAUUAAUAUUUGAUAUCUGAAAACAGAGCACUAUCAUGUCUUAAA